CGUAUCGCAGCGGCGACAAGUCGUGCAUACCGCUGUGUAGCGUCGCGUGUGGAGUGUACCGGUACUCGAACGACGAUCGGAAUAAAUAACCGCCGUAUUGCAGUAAAUUCGAAAAACCCAUAAUAGGUACUUAACGAAUAAAAGCAAAAAAAAAAAACCCACUAUAACGUGCGCGUUCGGUUUUAAUAAUGUAUAGGUUAUAUAGUUCAUAAUAUUGUUCUAGACGAUGUUCCUCACACGAAUUUCGAUCAUCUUUUUCUAACGGUUUCGUGCGGACGCUACGCAAAUAUUGUCCAGACGAUGACGACCGUUUUAUUGUCCAGCAGUUGACAGCCAAACUUUGAAUAACUAUGGACGGUGGCAGUAGUAUCGUCAACGACACGUCCAACAGCACGUUACUCUUAGACGAAUAUGACUACUCGGAGAGACCGGAAACGUACAUCGUUCCGGUACUGUUCGCAUUCAUAUUUUUCGUAGGUACCGUCGGUAACGGGUCUCUGGUGUUGAUAUUCAUCCGGCACAGGAAUAUGAUCAACGUACCGAACAUAUACAUACUCAGCCUGGCGCUUGGUGAUCUACUGGUCCUGUUGAGCUGCAUACCGUUCACGUCCACUGUUUACACGGUGCCGUCAUGGCCGUUUGGGUUGACCAUCUGCAAGGUGUCCGAGACCACCAAGGACAUAUCGAUCGGCGUUACCGUGUUCACGCUGACCGCGCUGAGCGCCGACCGGUUCUUCGCCAUCGUGGACCCGAUGCGCAAGCUGCACGCGUCCGUGGGCGGCCGCCGGGCCACCAAGUUCACCGUCACCGUGGCUGUGACCAUAUGGUGCCUGGCGGUGGCGUGCGCCGUGCCCGCGGCCACCAACUCGUACGUCCGGCAGUUCCAGUACAACAACGUGACGCUGUUCGAGGCGUGCUACCCGUACGCCGAGGAACUGGGACCCACCUACCCGCGGCUGGUCGUCGUCAUCAGGUUCCUGGUCUACUACGUGGUGCCGCUGUCCGCCAUCGCAUGUUUCUACGCCAUGAUGGCCCGGCACCUGAUCCACAGCACCAGGAACAUGCCCGGCGAGGUCCAGGGACAGCUACGCCAAGUCCGAGCUCGGAAGAAAGUCGCCAAGACCGUGCUGGCGUUCGUUUUGGUGUUCGCCGUGUGCUUCCUGCCCUAUCACGUGUUCAUGCUGUGGUUCUACCUGAACCCCAGGUCCCAGGACGAAUACAACAUAUUCUGGCACGUGUUGCGCAUCGCCGGCUUCUGCCUGUGCUAUAGCAAUUCGUGCAUCAACCCCAUCGCCCUCUAUCUGGUCAGCGGCACGUUCCGCAAGCACUUCGACCGGCAGCUAUUCUGGUGGCUUGUCAAGGCACCGGGUGGCCAAGUCACCGAGUCCAAGAACGGCUACAUGCGCCGGAAGAACGGCACCCGAGAGAAGGACCGGACCAUCAACAACGAUUCGACCACUAUAGCCAACGUGCAGUUGAGCACGUUUACCAGGCGGACUGCGGACACGAACCACACCACUACCACGGCUACCACCACGGUACUCAUCUGUACCGGGCUCAACGACGCCAACACCAUCAUAUAGACACUGUCUCAACUAUCAUUUAACAACGGAACUACGUCAUUAUUCUGGGUAUAUUAGAACAUUUCAAUUCCGAAAAUGCUGAGAUGAAUAUAUAUAUAUUUUGUACAGAAAUAUUUAGCAAUUACAAUCAUACCUGUUUUAUCCUUUAAAAAUGAAUUUAAGAAUUCGAUUUUUGAAUUUUGUAUAUCAUUUAAAAAGUGUUCUGUGAUGAAUGGUGGAUACCGACUCUUUUUAAAGCAGAAAAAUAAUUUUUUUAUUAGUGUUAAAAUAAGAAUAACUUUAUUUUUUGAGUGUUUUAACUUUGUAUACUAAGAAUAAUAA